CCGAUUUGGAAGAAACGUCAUCCGGAUUAUUUAUCCGGAUGUUUCGACCAUAGAAGGUUUCUUGCAACUCGGACAAGACGGCACCUUUGUCCUCAGUAACAAGCGAGCACGGAUGAACUCAGGCGUGUCGUCCCAGAAUCCUUCCGGUGUCCACCACGCCGCCGCCAGCGGUAACCACUUUGCGGCCCCUUUGACGGCCGCCGACUAUUCCUUGGAAUCGCACAGCCCACAUAACGAACGCAUGACAGCUGCUGCCUCGUACCAAACGAUCUCAACAACAGCAGUUCCUCCUACUGCCUCCGCCGCGCCACCGCUCCAAGUAUCUGCGUUUACCCCGAUGUACGCGUCGAAUGAGACAAUGCCGCGGACAGGAAGUGGAUUUGGCUCUUUGCUUGUCGCGAAGCCUUCCAAACCCGUAGGCGCGUCGUCUGCGCGCAGUUGGAUCACCGUUCCAUGCCAGAACCCAUCCGCGGCGCCCUGCCACCGCUCUCUGCAUGUCUGUGCUAUACACAAGGACUCCAUGUAUGUGUUUGGAGGCUACGAUGGGUCGAACCGCGUCAACGACUUCUUCGAGUACAACUUCAAGCGAAAGGUGUGGUCGCAGGUGAUGGCGCUCGGAACGCCGCCGACCCCGCGGGAUCGCCACGUCGCUGCCGUGCACAAAGACAGGUUCUACGUGUUUGCCGGAUUCGAUGGCAGUUCCCGCGUGAACGACUUUAUCGAAUUCAAUUUCGUGACCCAGCAAUGGUCGCCCGUGGUCGUGAUGUCGGGAAUGCUGCCGUCGCCGCGUCAUAGCCACUCGGCUGUCGUCUACGACAAGUCGUUCUUCGUGUUUGGCGGAUACGAUGGAAGCUACCGCAAUGACUUUUACGAGUUCCAAUUCGAUAAUGCUUCGUGGUCUGCUGUGGCGUCCACUGGACGAUCGCCGCGCCCAAGAUACCGCGCUUCCCUCGUCACCCACAAGACGACAUGCCUCGUGUUUGGCGGCCACGAUGGAUCGCGCCACCUGAACGAUGUGAAUGUGUUCCACUUUGUGCUCAAGACGUGGACGUUGCUGGUGGUCGAAGGGCCGGCGCCGAUUCCGCGGGACAGCCACGUCGCAGUCACCCACGGCUGCUCCAUGUAUAUCUUUGGCGGGAGCACGGGCAGUGCCAUGAACGACUUCCACGAACUCAACCUGGAAUCGAACGUGUGGCAACCCAUCGCGUUCAACGGCCCUGCGCCGGGCCAGCGCUUCUGCCACGUUGGAUGUGUGUACGACGACAGUUUGAUUGUAUUUGGAGGCUACGACGGGUCGAAUCGCUUGAACGACUUCAAGGAAUUCCGCUUUGGCGAAGAAAUUGAACUUGAUAUUCCCCCGCCGUGCCUUGUCAACGACCUUCGCGACUUGGUGAAUGCGAACGUCAUGAGCGACAUUACUUUUAUUGUUGAAGGAGUGCCGAUAUAUGCCCACAAGAUCUUGUGCUUGCGCUGCAGUUACUUCAAAGCCAUGUUGACGAGCGAGAUGUUGGAAAGCCGAGCUCGGGAGGUGGUGAUUUCGGACGUGCGUCGAUCGAUCUUCCUUGCGUUCCUCGAGUAUUUGUACACGGACCACGUGAACGUUGACGUGGAAACGGCGAUGGAGCUGUUUGUCACGGCUGAUCGAUAUGGCGUGGAUCGACUGAAGAAGAUUUGCGAGAGCAAAAUGCUCAGUUCUUUGUGCAUUGAGAACGCCGCGUCCAUCUUGCAUGCCGCGGACCUUCAUUCGGCCACGAUCCUUCGGGAACGAUGCAUCGCCUUCAUGCUCAACAACUUUGAUGCGGUGACGAAGACAAAUGCAUUCGAAGAGAUGGGCCGCAUCAACGUCGACCUGGUCUUUGAGCUACUCAAGCGGCGGUGAAGGAGCUUCAUCUGCGGGCCAAGAAACAGGCCUGGAAUCGACUUUAUCACUAUAUAUAAUGCAAAUACUACUGUAGUACACAACGGAUUUGAGCUUGUGGAAACCCCGAAACACAGCGUGGAAUUGCGCGCG